AAGUGAUAGGAGGAAGCUGUGCGUCACAGGGGACUGAGCAGGACCCUGCCGCGCCUGCCCAGCUCAGGACAGACCCGCACUCCAGCCUUGAGCAUUCAGCUGAGAGCUAGGAGGCUUCCAAUGAGACUCCUCCUGCUUCUAGUGGGUUUCUCCACUUUGUUGAAUUGUUCCUGCGCACAAAAUUGCACCAAGACACCGUGUCUACCAAAUGCCAAGUGUGAAAUCCACAAUGGCAUGGAAGCCUGCUUCUGCAGUGUGGGGUUCUCUGGAAAUGGCGUCACCAUUUGCGAAGAUAUAGAUGAGUGCAGCGAGUCGGCUGUCUGUGGUGAUCACGCCAUAUGUGAAAAUGUGGCCGGAGGAUUUAACUGCUUCUGCAGGGAAGGUUAUCAGACCUCCACGGGGAAGUCGCAGUUCAUGCCUAAUGAUGGCUCUUACUGCCAAGAAAGUGUGAAUUCAAACUGCCACUUAGAGCAUGCCUGCAUUGUCACAAACGUUAAUAAAACCUUAAAAAGAAUUGGACCAAUAAAGGACCAGUUGUCUCUACUACAAGAAAUUUACAGAAACUCUGAGGGUGAACUCUCACCAGUGGAUCUGAUCACAUACAUAGAGAUACUUGCCCAACCAUCCCCAGUACUAGGUUACAUGAACAGCACCACUUCAUGCAAGGAUGGUCGUUUCAAUUCAACUCUUUCUGAGUUUGUAAAAACCAUCAACAAUUUUGUCCAAAAGAAUACACUUAAAAUUUGGGACCAAUUACCUACAAAUAAUAGACGACUUCAUCUCACAAAACUGAUGCACACUGCUGAGCUUGUCACCUUAAGAAUCUUUCAGAACUUCCAAAAGACGACUCAGUUUGAUCUGAACUCUACUGAUGUGGCUCUCAAGGUUUUCGUGUUUGAUUCAAAUCACAUGAAGCAUGUUCAUCCCCAUAUGAAUGUGGAUGGAGGCUAUGUAAAAAUAUUCCCAAAGAGAAAAACUUCACAUGACUCAACUGGCAGUGCUGUCGUUGCAUUCCUGUGCUAUAAGAGCAUUGGCCCCUUGCUUUCCCCAUCUGACGACUUCUUACUGGACCCUCAAAAUGAUGAUAAUUCUGAAGAAAAGGAGAAAGUCAUUUCCUCUGUGAUUUCUGCCUCAAUUAGCUCAAAUCCACCCACACUGUAUGACCUUGAAAAAAUUACAUUUACACUAAGUCAUGGAAAGGUCUCAGAUAAGCACAGGACACGGUGUGCCUUUUGGAACUAUUCAGCAGACGCCAUGAACAAUGGCAGUUGGUCAUCUGAGGGCUGUGAACUGACAUAUUCAAAUGACACCCACACCUCCUGCCGCUGCAGUCAUCUGACACACUUCGCAAUUUUGAUGUCUUCUAGUACCGCCGUUGGAAUUAAAGAUUAUAAUAUCCUGACAAGGAUCACUCAGCUUGGGAUAAUUAUCUCCUUGAUUUGCCUUGCCAUGUGUAUUUUCACCUUCUGGUUCUUCAGUGAAAUUCAAAGCACUAGGACCACAAUUCACAAGAACCUCUGUUGCAGCCUUUUCCUUGCAGAACUUGUCUUUCUUGUUGGGAUCAACAUCAACACAAAUAAGUUGGUCUGCUCCGUGGUCGCUGGGCUGCUUCAUUACUUCUUCCUAGCGGCCUUCGCCUGGAUGUGCAUUGAAGGCGUACACCUGUACCUCAUCGUCGUGGGGAUCGUCUACAACAAAGGGUUUCUGCACAAGAACUUCUACAUCUUUGGCUAUCUCAGCCCAGCCGUGGUCGUCGGAUUCUCGGCGUCCUUGGGAUACAAGUACUAUGGUACCACCAAAGUAUGCUGGCUGAGCACUGAAAACAACUUCAUUUGGAGCUUCAUAGGACCGGCGUGCCUAAUCAUUCUUGUUAAUCUCUUGGCUUUUGGAGUUAUCAUAUACAAAGUUUUUCGCCACACUGCUGGGUUGAAACCAGAAGUUAGUUGCUAUGAGAACAUAAGGUCUUGUGCCAGAGGCGCCCUGGCCCUCCUCUUCCUUCUGGGUACCACCUGGAUCUUUGGGGUUCUCCAUGUGGUACAUGCUUCUGUGGUGACAGCUUACCUCUUCACAGUCAGCAACGCCUUCCAAGGGAUGUUCAUUUUCUUGUUCCUGUGUGUUUUAUCUAGAAAGAUUCAAGAAGAAUAUUAUAGAUUGUUCAAAAAUGUCCCCUGUUGUUUUGGCUGUUUGAGGUAAACGAAGAAAAUUCCUGAUAGUUAUAGCUGCAACGAGGUGAACACCCCAAGCUUCAGAUCACCUGUGUGUAAACAUCAACUUCUCCUUUCAUUGCUAGUCAUUAAUUACAAGUUUGUGUUUUAUUCAGAGUAUAAAAGAUGCAGUUAAUGGGAGUUGAAAUUAUGGACCAGAGAGCUAUGGUGUGUUUUCCUACAUGACAUAGCUAGAUAUGUCAAAAAUAGUACUGCACAUAUUUGGAAAGUAAUUGGUUUCUCUGGAGUGAUAUCACUGUGCCCAAGGAAAGAUUUCUUCCUAACAGAAGAAAUAUAUGAAUGUCCUGAAGGAAACCACUGGCUUGAUAUCUUUGUGACUCAUGUUGCCUUUCAAACGAGUCCCCUACCACCUUAGUAAUGAGUUCCGCUGCAGAAAGGGGAACAUAAGAGAAUUGGAGAGGCAGAAUAUAAAGCAGAGAAGAAGGCUUCUCUGACAAGGAAUUGUCAUCCCAAUAAACUUGACUUUCUCGAUACUUGAUGAGAAAAUUUCAAAACAAAAUAAUGAAAAAAAAUACAGCCUAGCAGUUUGGGAAUUGCUCUGAACUUAAAAGAGCCAGACCUAAAUUCGCUAUAUCCAUGCUCUUUUUUAUUCUAAAAAGCAAACAAAGAAAAAUCCCUACAAAUGAAAGGAUGUAUGUUCUUACGCUAACAUUAGAUUUGACUGUAAGAUGCUUUUAUUCUUCAGACUGAGACUUCAAAUAUGCAAUCAGUGAAACCCAAAUUUGUCAAAUUGCAAUUCUGUUUAUGUCUUUAAUGUAAAAAUAGGGUGUGAAGCAUUUUGUCUACAGUAUUUUACUGUUGUGAAAAUUAUCUUUUCAUAUUAGAGCAGUAUACUUGAAUACUUCAUUGAUUUUAAUCUUACAAAUAAUAUAACUCAUGUUGCAACAAUUCCUUUUAAUUGGAGGUUUUUAAGGGGGCACUGUAAAUUUAAAGCAUUCAUAAAGUGAAUUGUAAUUCUUUUUUCUGAUCAGAAAGAAUGUGCCAUUAAAACAUAGUUUAUAGCAAAGACAUCCGUGAGUAUUAUGGGGGAUUCACAGUGGAACUGUUUUCAGACCGUUUCCUACUGCCUACCAAAGCUGAUUUGUUUAAAUGUAUGGCUGUUAGCUAUUCUCUUGCGAAUGAAGAGCAGACUUGUUUUUCAGAAAUGAGUCGUUGUUCUGUACCUUCCUGAGAAUGUGAUUCACAGGACACUGUGAUUUUAAUUCCUGUGGCUGUUGGAUGAAGCCUGACACAUCCGUCCUCUCCUUCAAAUAAAAUGUCAGCUUGGUGAGGCUGUCCUGCCAGUGCUUGGCUGGGCUGCGCUCCUGAGAAGACCACUAGUCUCUUUAAGAAGGACUUAGCAUUUCAUGCCAUCUCCCCAUUUCUUACAUGCUGAAUCUGUGACCCAAGACUGCCAUUGUCAUUCCAGGAUAGCACAGUAGAAAUGGGAUAUCAAACACUAACCUGUUCAAUCAGUGGACACGAAGCUAUCCCAUGUGGUGGACAGAAAAACCAUCCCCAAAUAUCCACACGCUACUCUUCAGUACCUGUGGCUGUGGUGGAUAGUGAGGCGAAGGGGGAAAUGGGCGGACAGUCAGCUCAGCUGGACUCUCCUCAGCUCAGCUCAGCUCAGCUGCCCCGUGGAAGCCAGAAUGAAGGUGCUGUUAUUUUAGUAUGGGUCACCCAUUUCGGACCUCUUAUUUCCAGAGCUGCCAGGAAAUAAAAUUCUAUUAUCGAAGCCA